AUGGCGAUGAAUUUAUCGGCUAAUCCAUGUGACGACUUUUUCGAAUAUGCUUGUGGCCAAUGGAAUCGUGAUCAUAUGAUACCUGAUGAUAUGUUUGCUUAUGGUACGUUUGCGUCUGUCCGAGAAAAUGUCCGGCAACAAAUGAGAGUAUUGCUGGAAUCAGAUGUACCACCUGAAUCGAGAUCGAUUGAAAUGACACGUAUUGCUUAUCUGACAUGUAUGAAUACUAGCAAGAUUGAAUCAGUCAAGUCAUCGUAUGUUUUGUAUUUCAUUAAUUUGAGACCGUUUAAAUAA